AUGCGGACCGCAAGGUAUGCACGGCAGGCGUGCGACAACUGCAGGCGGCGGAAGAUCAAGUGUGACUCUCAGCCUCCGCAAUGUGCCAACUGUCGCUCAUCGAACCUGGAGUGCGAGUACACCCUUGUGCGAAGAAAGCGAGGGCCGAGGCCUCGUGUUUCCAUGUCCACAACCGAGACUCUGAGUCCCUCCAUAUCUGAGGACCCCACACAGACAGCAACUGCAGCGGCCGUAUUGACUCCACGUGGAGAGGAGGCGGAGGGCAUGGAGAGUUCUGCUGAGCGCAGUACCUUCGCUGCGCCCUUGCCACCAUCCAGCUCCAGCCCAGAGUACCCUCCAGCGCCCGCAGCUGAGGUUGUUGGUCUCCAAACACCCUCAGCUGAUACAACGGCUGGGUUCGGGUUUCCGCCAGCCAGGGGUUCAUCCUCUGCUGUUGGGUCAAGGCUCGCUUUUGACUAUUAUCCACACAACAUACACGAGACACUUACGACAGCAAUCGAGAACCUAGGCCUGCCUCUUGAACAGACUUGCUUCCCAAUCAGCCCUAUCAUCCAUCUUGCCAGCCUUAAGAAGCAUGUCGGCUUAUUGCUCCCGGCUUCUCGUUACCUUUUUCAGCCCGCCUUUCCCCAGAUGUCACCUUAUGAUACCGACUGGUGUGGGCCUUCCCUUGACGACAUGCGCGCUUUUACUCUGGUCACCUCGGCGUGUGCCAACAUCUGCAGCAAGGUCCCCGCCUCUGUGUUUACUCCUGGCUCCGCGCUGGUGCACCAUUUCCUCGCCGCUUCACGUGGCAUGUUGAUGUGCUACGAGGAUCAGGAUGUGUCUCACCCGGAAUCCAGCUCCUUGUCUAUUCGAGUAUUCCAAGCUGUCGCUCUCCAUACUCUGGGGAAGAUUCGGCUGUCCUGGUACGUGCUCGGGCAUGCCCUCAGAUUAGCUCUGGUCAUGCGCCUCUUUGACGAGGCGUCUUACAGCCGACUUAACCAGGUUGAGUCUCAGUUAAGGAAGAAUGUCUUUUGUAUUCUCUAUGUGUCUGAUAAAUCAGCUUCGGUCCUAAACAACGUCCCGACUACCCUCCACGAGGCACAUCUGGACGGAUCUCUCUUGACUGCGGUGUCAGCUGAUCAAGAAGAGGACCAGCCGUGUCUACUAGAAGACGCAGAUGAGCCCCUCUACAAGGCGCCUUACGAGAACCAGCUACAUAUUGGCUUUCGCCUAUCCCAAAGACUGUGGUCGCUUGCCGCUGACUUGCUGCACGAUAUCAGGAUACUAUCUCGUCUAAACUCGAAGACGAGUCCUGUGUCAGAACCGCCUCCAACAGACUCCUUUCAACGAGGCAUCAUACAAUCAUACAUGGCAUUCUGUAGCGCGCUUGACGCCAUGCCACCUUGGCUCCGUGAUCCCGGGUCACAUACAGCGAAAGACGCUGAUCAAUCAGUCACGGGCUUUCAACGACGCACCUUUUGGAUACAGCAUGCCAAUCUAUUGGUGACGUUUCACUGCCUGCGACUCGUUCUCCUCCGAGAGGCGUCUGCGCAAGGCUUGUCUGCUCUUUUCGGAGUUACCAAUAACCCAGAUAUGCUUGCCCUCCGCAACACAGAGAUAUCUCAUGAGCUCCUUACGGUUGUCACGAGUAUCCCAUUUGAGGCUUUACUGGCAAACGGAGAGCCUCUUGUCGAGAAGCUUCGCCAAGUCGGCGUGAUUCUACUCGAAAUAUCACACCGUGCCGAGAGCCAAACUCUCUCGUCUCGCGCGAAAUUGCUAUUCUCCACACUCCUCGAUGCCAUCUCGAAGCUAGACUCAAAAGUAUCGGACGAGUUGAGUGGGGAUUUAUCGGUCCCUUAA